GUGCCUGCUCCUCUUGGACCCUCUCGCUUACACUCACGCUCUCUGUCUGCUCGUGGAAACAGGGAUCUUCUCCUCCUCUCACUUCUGUCCUUCACAUUAGGCAGCUUACGCCAAAAACCUGCAUUUUCCUGUAUUUUCUACUUUGUUUUUGCUUGUAUGUUUUAAAUGUUAAUUUUGACCUUUUCUUUCAUUUCGUCUUUUCUACGUCUGUGCGUUCGCUUGUUAAAAUCGUUGAUGACUUCAUUGCUAGGAGCAAAGUUUUGCAUACUUGUUGUAAACAGCUCUCUCCCUCAUGUUUACAUUUUUUUUGACAGAAAGAUUAUGCCAUAUUGCUUCAUGACAGGCAGGCAUUAAAAAUGGACAUAUUGUGAUUCAAGAAAAUUUUUCCUCCAAAAUGCAAUCCUGCGAUCAUUUGGUGGUGAAACGGUUAAUACCUGCACAUGAACAAAAUCAGAGGAGCAAUGAGUUAAACCACAGUGACUGAAUGGAAUUGGUGAACUGCUGUCUCCAAGGACUCCGUUCUGCUAUAUAGAAUCAAGCAGCGAUGACCACCGUGGCAAUGGAACCCCUGGCAGUGCAGGUGGAGCGGAUCCCCAACGCCACUGAUCCCCCACAGAACAGCUCCUCUGAGGGCAUGGCCACAACCUUCACCAUCAGCAGUAUGCUGUCCAUCAUGUGUCUAGUUGGUGUGUCCGGAAACAUCUACACACUGGUGGUCAUGUGCCACUCUAUGCGCUCAGCUGCCUCCAUGUAUAUCUACAUCAUCAACUUGGCACUAGCAGACCUCCUCUACCUGUUGACCAUCCCCUUUGUGGUGUGCACCUACUUCCUGAAAGGCUGGCAUUUUGGGGAGGCCGGCUGCCGUGUGCUGAUUAGCAUGGACUUCCUCACUAUGCAUGCCAGUAUUUUCACACUGACAGUCAUGAGCACAGAACGCUAUUUCGCUGUCCUCAAGCCCCUGGACACUGUAAAGCGCUCAAAGAGUUACCGCAAGGCCAUAGCGCUCUUUGUGUGGGCGGCCUCUCUUGUGCUCACCUUGCCCAUGUUCAUAAGCAUCCAGCUCACACAGGUGGCCAACAAACUCAUGUGUCAGCCAACCAUAAGUCCACUGUCCUACCAGAUCUACAUCUCAAUUCUUUUUUGCACCAGUAUUGUGGCCCCUGGCAUGAUCAUCGGCUACCUUUACAUCCGUCUGGCCCGGACCUACUGGAUCUCCCAAACAGAAACCUUCAAACAGACCAAGAAACUGCCCAAUCAGAAGGUUCUGUACUUGAUCUUCACCAUCGUUCUCCUCUUUUGGGCCUGCUUCUUGCCCUUUUGGAUCUGGCAACUCCUGGGUCAGUUCUACCCGUCCCUGUCACUAUCCCUCUCCAAAAAGGCCACACGGAACAUCAACUACCUGACCACCUGUCUCACCUACAGCAACAGCUGCAUCAACCCAUUCCUCUACACACUGCUCACCAAAAACUACAAGGAGUACCUGCGCAAGCGCCAGCGGAGCUGGACUGCCAGCAGCUACUUAAACCGACGGAGCCGCUUUCAGAGAUCACCACGGAGGUCCCUGUCAUCCAGCAGCCAGCAGUGCACUGAGAGCUUUGUACUUGCCCAUGCCGCUCGUGCCAACCACAGCAGUCUGUGAGGAUGGAUACAUGCUCGAUGGAAGAAGUGAAGAAGGGCUGAUGGAUCCCCAUUGAGCAGGAGAGGAAUCAGGAGUCAAAAGGAAGACAUACAUGCAUGUUCCAAGGGGUUUGUAUGAUCUGGCAUAUCCAAAGACCAGCAGUGACAGUGACACGAUUACCAUCAGACAACUGUACAGUCCCCCUAAGGAACCACAUGCCUACAGCACAGGAUGUACUAUUUUCCCUGUUACAGAAUAACUGGUGACAUUGCAGCUCUCUCACCUCUGACUGACUUCAAGCUUCUCUACUUUCACUAUCCACUGGCUCGCACCAGAAAAUUCCUCCUCGGGAUUUUUUGUACCAAUAACAGUAAUAAUAUAAGUAAUCUGUGUUAAAUGUACACAUUGUGAUCUACCGCUUCUGUUCCAUUUAGAUAAAAUACAAUGCUCAUCUUGUUAAAAUUUCAAUUUAACUCUUUGCUGGCAUGCAAAAAUGACAGACACAGCAAGAGAGAUCUAAAUGUCAGUUGAAACUACAGACUCACUCUUGGCCUCAAGCAAAAAAGCAAAAAAGAGUUAUGUUUACUGCAUUCAUAACUGGAGCAUCAACCAAGAGAGAGUCUGAAAGGGGACCAUUUAUGCUCAGGUCUGUCCUUUGUUUUGCACUGCUGUUGGGACCAGUCACCACUUCACCACUCAAUGAAGUCACCUUAAUCCACUGACUGAAAGGAUGUGCAGUAUUAGUAGGGGCUGGAUGAAUGAGCAUGGCGU